AUGCCCCUCCAAAUCCCAUGGAGCCUCCCGCCUGGGUCCUCCAACUCUAUCCAGUAUAUCAACAUCAUCAUGCAUCCUCAUCUUCACACAAAGAACGCUCUCGCGUGCGAAGAGGUCAUCGCUGCUCUCGAACAGUGCCAUAGCCAAGGCUUCAUGCACAAGGCUGUUGGGAGCUGCAAUGACGCCAAAGAGAAGGUCAACGAAUGCUUAAAGAUCGAACGAUCAAAGAUGCAAGCCGAGAAUCGAAAUGCUGCCCGGGCGAAGCGCGACAAAAUCCGGGAGCAGCAGCGCGAGUUGGGACUGUGA